CUGAGCACCCACGUUCAGGAGUGGAGUAGUUUGGUCGUGGAUGCUCAGCGAGGGGUGCUGGUACCCUCCUGGGGUAGUCUUUUCUUUAAUUCCGUUACCAUGUUAAUUGGGACGGGGGGGGGGGGGGAAUUGGGCCUCCGGCCAACUGUACUCACCAAGCGCAACGCAGAGAAUACCAACACGUCUGACGAAAGUGCCCCCGCGCCUCAAAGCACGACGCGACAACGUGGACAUCGACGCACGUUCGAGAUCAAAGCAACCCCCCAAGCGGCAUACGAUUGGGACUUCAACUCUGCGCGGCCGCCUGGAAAGAGGACCAAUAUUAUUGAGUCCAUCGGGCAUCUCAUCAAAAGCUGCCUUGGCGGCGGACUCUUGGCGAUUCAUGAAGCAUAUAAACAAUGCGGUUUGGCGACUUCGUUUUUUCUAACGAUUAUUUUGGGCUUUCUGGUCAGCUACUGUAUGUUUAUGCUUGCAAAAUCAGCUCAAAAGAUUUAUGGACGUGUCCAAAUACCCGCCAUGUCAUAUCCAGAUCUCGCCGAGACUGCACUGGCGAUUGGUCCUUUUCAGAGGUUAAGGAAGUUCAGCCGAUGUUUUAGGUACGCCGUGGAUUUUACGAUAUGCGUAGAUUUAUUCGGGUCCUGCUGCGUUUACCAAGUAAUGAUAUGUCGGACCAUCAAGCAGCUAGUGGAGGGCACCGAUGAGAUCAGCAACGAGGGCAACCCUCCUCUCAGAGUCUACAUCUUGGCGAUCAUGAUUCCCUGCCUUUUGAUCUGUAUGAUCACUACGCUGAAGUAUCUCGCACCUUUCUCAAUUGCCGCCGAUAUAUUCAUAGUAAUUAUCACUAUUGCUACGGUCUAUUAUGCCUCGAAGAGUGCCACGAUGAGCCCUCUAGACUUUCCGGCAUUUAAGAAUCUGGGUGGAUUCCUGGAGUUUCUGGGAGUUUGCGUCUUCAGUAUGGAAGGCAUAGGAGUCACGCUGGCGAUAGAAAACAACAUGCAAGAGCCAAAGAAGAUAGGGCUCGUAUUAGCUGCAGGAAUGUCAAUUGUCGUGACUAUCGUUCUGGUGAUGGGCUCCUUUGGAUACUGGGGCUUCGGAGAAAGUGCAAGAUCCCCUGUGACUGUUAAUUUUCCAUUGUCACCCUUCCCUAUUGCACUGAAAGUCUUCAUGGCGCUGAUGGUCUACGUGACGUUCGCGCUUAACUUCUGGGUGCCUUUCGACCUUGUCUGGUACUACAUCAAGAAGCGCUACGACCCAUCGAAGUACUGGCUUUGGGAGAGAGUAUACAGGGCCAUUUUUGUAAUAAUUAUCACCCUGACUGCCUUUACAUUCCCUAAUGUCUCCACCUUCAUUGGCUUGCUUGGUUCUUUCUGUCUAUCGAACAUGGGCUUCAUCUAUCCGGCUUUCAUUGAACUGUGCCUGGAUUGGGAGUAUCCAGGACUUGGUUUCAUGAAGUGGAGACUCAUAAAAUUCAUCCUCAUCGCGCUCUUCGGCUUGUUUCUCUGUUGCUUUGGAACUUACAGUAACGCCAAAGAAUUGAUACGGCAGUCCUUCUAA